AUGAACAUCUCACCCAGCCUGUCACAGCCCAGGGCAGAGCCUGGCUUGCUGCUGCUGUUUGAAGCUGUGUGUGCGUGUACUCAAGUGAAGUUUCUUCUUAUCGGAGUGAAAACCAGAGCCAAAAGACUGUCAGGUAUGAGGCACGAUGGUCACAAAGAUGGCCACAUGGAUUCUAUGUGGUGGAAUAGCAUGAACAAUCUUUUAACAAUCUGUACCAUUGGAAGUGAAUAUUCAAAUUUAAAUGAGGUUUCCUUCCCUGAUAAGAACAGGAAAUCUUUCCAGGAAGAGUGGAUUUGCAACGCCAGAGCCACUUGUGAGUCCCCGGUGGCUUUGCAAGUCACAGGAAUAGAACUUGCACCCGGACCUGGAACUUGGGAACAGAUACUCUACCAGGAAACUACUGUUACUGCUCAGUACGAAGAGUCUCCACUAGUGUCUUUCUACAGAAGACUCAGCUUGGAUGUCAAGAGAAAGCAGAUUUUCAGGCACAGAUCCUCACUUCUCGAGCCGUCAGGAUGGAAAAACAAGUCACUGGGGCUCUGGAAAGCAGAAUUUUUCCUCUCCCACACACGAGCUGCUUUGUCUGGUGGUUUGGAGGGAAGCGGUGCCCGUGCUUCCCUGCUUUCGUGGAAGGAUGACCUGGCUGUGCUGUCAGACUUGGACCAAGCUCCAGAGACCUUCUUUGGGCUGAAGGGUUUGGCUCUCCAGCCAUGUGAGUGCCAUCAAAUAAGCAGAACUUUGUCUGAGUUGGCUUCACCCUACCCAACGUCAGCACUCUGCUGGUGGGUGUCUCACCCUGCUGCCGUCAGUGCAGAAGGACACGUUGCUGAGGGAUGCCCACCCUGCUUACAGUCACAGAACGACAGAAUACCCCCAGUUGGGAGGGACUCACGGGGAUUACCGAAUCCAACUCCUGGCUCCACACAGCACCACUCAAACCAUAUGUCUGAGAGCACUGUCCAAACCUUUCUUGAAGUCUGCCUUGUCUCAGAGCUCCAACGUAUGAGGGGUUAGCUCGCUGUAAGGUGCCCAUUUCUCUUUUAGGACUCAAGGUCUGGGCAAAUUUUAUUAAAGACACCCCAAAAUCAGGCAUCUUGGGCAGGUCAGUCCCCGCAGCCCCAUCCUGAGAGAAGUUGUCGUGUGCCAUUCAGCAGGGGGCAGCCACCGUGGGUCAGAGCAGGAUCCCGUGGCACUGGUGGGCUGUUUGCCGUGGUGUGUUGUUCAGGCACAGAAAUAUGACACGAUAAGAUUCAGGACAGUCUCUCAGAAGGCAGCCAUGGGCGCUCAGGGCCGUCCCGGCAGUGAGUGCAGUGACAAUUUCAUUGCUGCCGCUCGGCAGUCAGUUCCCUGGGCAGGUAACUCUCGAGGUGUACUUAUUUAGUGGGGGCAAUGCCCGAGCCUGUGGCGCUGAUUUGACAUUUCUGGAUGCCCCAAACCUUCUUAAAACCUUCUUCCACGCUUCCUUGGCGCUGAGUCGAACAGCACUCCCGCUAAACAGAUCCAAGCUGGGACCGAUGCCACAGGAGCGGGGUACGCCUCCUCCCACCCCGGUUCCCCCUCCCCCGCCGCUCUCGGACAGCCACAUCGGGGACCCCCGAGCCCGGAGGGUACCCCCGAGCGGGAUCUGCCCCCGUGCCGGUGCUCGUGAUGCGGGGGACGGCGGCG